AUGGAAGAAAGACCUCAAAGCUACAUAUCACCGAAUAGAAUCAAGUCCAACACCAACGUCCCCUACAUGCAAAGUGUAACCCCAAUAUCUCCUCAACGACCGCCGGUAAAACUGCCAUAUGAAAGGAGCCGACCUCAACUCCAAACAAGAGAUGAUGGCAUUAGUGCAGUAUCUCUACUUGGAAGCGCUCCUGCAGUGGCUCGUCCCUUACAAUCAAGGCCAUCAAGGAGUCAAAAUCAAUCUCCCUCUCCUCGCAAUGUGGUAGGUUUAACUUACUUCAUAUGA